AUGUCCAACCAGGAUUACUACAACAACAAUGCGGGCGGCCAGUACCCCCAGCACCCCCAGGCCAGCUACGGUCCUCCCCAGGGUCAGGGUCAGUAUGGCCCCCCUCAGGGCCAGUAUCCCCAGGGCCAGUACGGUCCCCCCCAGGGCGGCAUGCAGUACCAGCAGGCCCCCCCUCCCGCGCAGGAAACCCGCGGUAACCGUGGUGGUGGCUCCAACUGCCUGAUGGCCUGUCUUGCUGCUCUCUGCUGUUGCUGUGUUGUUGAGGAGUCAUGCGAGUGCUGUCUCGAGUGUUGCGAGUGCCUCUGCUAA